AUGUGGGUAUGGGUAUGGGUAUGCUCUGAGACACCCAUGGGUACACCCAUGCUAUGCACUACUGUCUACAAAGGAGCAGAAGCAACUCCAGGCGCUGCUCAAGAGACAGUCCGUUCAGAAGCAGGACAAGGAAGAGGAACGUCAGGCUGGGCGGCGACUAUGACUCGCGAGGAAGUUCAAGGAUCAGACGCUGAAGGUGAGGAGCCGUCCCGUAAGAAAGCAAGACACACUACGGAUUCCGAUGGUGAGGGCGGUGGCGACGCGGGUUCCAAUGGCGAGGGCGGGGGUGAUGAAGGAAGCGAGCCAGACGGUGGUAGCGAGCGGGACAUACGAAUGGAGAGCCCUUCUCCCCCUGCUCGGCCUAAACCAAAGCCAGCUUACGGGCGGUACAAGAAGGCCAAGCAGGACUCAGGGAAGGGAAACACAUUGUUGACUGAGGCGGAGCAGCGUAUCGCACAGACUCUCAGCGCGAAGGGCAAGGCUAAAGGCAAGCCUCCAUCCAAGAAGUCGGUGGUAGUCGAGAGCCCGCGGGAGGUUUCUGAAGAGGAACAUGCGACGAGGCGAGGGGAGAUGGACAAGCAGAGCGAGAAGAGGAAGGAUGUGCGUGGCGGGAAGAAGGCCUACGUGGAGAUCAGGGUAGACAAGUCCCCGUCACAGAAAAAGAAGGCAGCAAAGAGCAAGAUGGUCGUCUCCAGUUCGGACGAAGACCAAGACGACGAUAAGGUCAAUGAGCUCGAAUCUUCGGACAAUGACAGGAGCUCCAGGAUCCGGAUGAAGGGCACGGGCAGUGACGACUCGGACGACCCAGAUCAUGCGUCCGACUCAGACGAUGUCAUGGAGAUUGCUCAGAAGGGAGCAAAGAAGAAGCCCAGAGGCAAGGGCUCAGUAGUGGUUCAUGUGCGCAUCAGGUCCUCAGACCUGCCCAUCUAUGUCCGUCCCAUUGUUGCCGCUGCUCAGAGCUUCCUCCGCCUUCGUCUCACACUCGAGAUGGCAUGGACCAGCUACAAAGCCGCGCCCAGUUCCCGGCUGCAGGACAACAUGGGCCUCGUUGUCCUCGCCCUGAAGGACGCUUGUGAUAUGUGUGACAAGGACGGUAAAAGGGUGAAGACUAUGAGGACCGCAUACACCGAUCUGAAGGAAGCGAAGGGAAAGGAGGGAGACAUUACGAGGAGAAAUGUACACACAGUGAUCUGGAAUGUGGCGGCUCAGUUCCGGAACGAGGUAAAGAAGAAAGGCAAGAGCGUGGUAGAACACUCGUACGGGCUGAGCAACCUGACGGUCACGCAACGUGUAUUGCUCCCCCAGUGGCUCCUCAAAACUCACCCAAUGAAGGUCAAAGGCAGCAAGCGUGAGAUCCCGAACUUUGUGUUCGGUGACAUGAAGAUUGCCUGGAACACCAAGGAUAAACUGGACAAAGAGGGUGCCAGCAUGGCCGUUGACCACUUCAGCGAGGUCACAGAUAACCUCAUUGCAUUGGUCUGCAACUCAAUCGAAGCAGCAUUGAGCGAGAUAGCGUUCGGGAACCCCGUUGCGUUCACGAACAAGCAUUUCGCACCGAAGUGGGACGAUCUCAUGUCCAUCCUCGAAGCUACGAAGAGAAAUGCGCCUGACUACUACGCUGACAUGAAGAAGCAGUUGUGGAGGCGCGUCAGUGCCCGAAUUGAGGGCGAUGAUCAGGAAGAUUCCGACCAGGACGACAGUGAGGACUUCGUGAAGUGGAACAAGCUUCAGGACAUGGUGCUCGACGCACCCACCACCCAGUCAUCGUCUAACGCAGGCCGGGUGUCCUCGAGUACUGCCGCCAAGCCCUCGUCUAGUGGCAAGCCUACGUCGUCCGGUACUACGAAGCCCUCCUCUAGCGGCAAACUGUCGUCGUCAAAAGGGAGAACUAAUGAGACACAGUCGCGUACGGAUGCCGAUGCUCCAGCGUCAUCCUCGAGCAAGAGGGCCCGCGAUGAUGAGGAAGAAGUCGAUGCAGAUGAACUUGAACGUGAGGUCCUUGGAGGUGAAAGUGUUUGCAGAGACGUUACCAUGCGGUCGAUUUGGGUAGGCUGUUCCGGUUUGUCGGGUGUGCCCUGGUUAAGCUGUAACACCUACGACAUUCUCAAUUAG